AUCCUUGCUGUCCUUGCCCCAGGAGGGCUGGGCCACUCCUUCUCUGCAUGAUACAGCUUUUAGUUUCUAUUAAGAACUGGGAGGAAAUUUCAGCAGCAGGGGGUUGAACCAUAAGCAUGGGUUUGCCAGCUGAAUAGAUAAUAAAUAUUUAUCUUCAAAUGCCACUUCUUGAAUCAAAUCUGCUUGUUUGCACUCUGCAGAAUCGUUGUGAUUGGAAGGGAGAUUUUUCUAAGCAAAAGCCAUGCAAAUUAAACAGCCUGUAAACAUGAUUUGAAUGUUGUUUUUUUCACAAGUUCUCCCAUUUCUACACUCUGAGCACACAGAAUUGGAUCUCUCCAGUUCCUGGAGUGGCUCCCUGGGUUGUUGGCACCUGAAACCUCUGCUGAGGAGCUGCUUUAUCAGGGAAGACAGGCUUAUCUCCACCUGCCUGGGCCACCAGGCCUUGGGGAAGGAUUUUUGUGCCUCUGAGUCAUUGUUUUGUGGCAGAGUCCCCAUGCCUGGAUUUCCCAGAGUUUUUCAGAAACUCUGCACAUCACUAGAGAAGGUUUUCCACGGUCACUGUCCUGUUCACAGCAAGGAUUUGCAGUUCAAAGCUGUUUUCAUGCUUUUGUCAUCAUGCUUGAAGACUCUUCCAAUUGACCCAGUCUCGGGGAUGGUGAUGAACCUGACAGACCUGAAGGAAUACAUGCAGGCAGCGAUCGUGGAGCCACUGGACCACAAAAACCUGGACAAGGAUGUGCCCUACUUCUCUGAGGUGGUGAGCACCACAGAGAACGUUGCUGUGUUCAUCUGGGACAACCUCCAGAAGCUGCUGCCCCAGGGAGUCCUUCACAAAGUGGAAGUGCAGGAGACAGAGCAGAACGUGGUGGUUUACAAGGGAGAGGAAACCAUUGUGAAGUGAGAUCAGCCUCAGCUCAGCUGCUCAGGAGAGAUGCUCCAAAACCAGCUCAGUGCAUCCCUGCUCAGCCCUCCUGCAGCCAGCCCUGGUUCUGUGGAACAUCAGGACCGUGCAGAUGUUACACAAGGACCCUCACAGCUCUUUGCCCAUCUGGGUUCUCAGCAUGGGUUGGUUCCUCUGCUUUCUCUCAAGACCUUCCUGUUUUGCCAAGCUGAGCCACCCAGCUGAUGUGAAAUUUAGAAAUGUGCCGUGGUAAAUAAAGCAGCUUUGGAGGGAGGACAA